UAGACACCAUGGCUAGCGAGGCAUGCUGCAAGGUGGCGCCGGUCACGGCUGACUACACCCCCAAGGGCAAAUACGAAAAGAUUGCCGGCAUCAACACUUACAUCGUGGGCGACGAAACCGCCACCAAGGGCAUCAUCGACGUCUACGACAUCUUCGGCAUGUGGCCCCAGACCAUCCAGGGCGCGGACCGCCUCGCCGCCCACACCGGCUUCCUCGUCCUCAUCCCGGACCUCUUCGACGGGCCGGGCCUGGACUACGACGCCGUGCCCCCGGACACGGAGGAGAAGGGCAAGAAGAUCCAGGCCUUCCUCGGCGGCCCGGCCAACCUGCAGACCAACCUCGAGAAGCUGCUCGUCUUCCGCAAGGCCCUGGCCGACAAGUACCCGGCCGCCGAGGGCCACUGGGGGCUCUUUGGGCUGUGCUGGGGAGGCAAGCUGGCGGUGAUGGCGUGUGGUGAGGGCAACGAGGGCGUUGGACGGAGGUUCAGCGCCAGCGGAACGGCUCAUCCUGGUCUCCUGGAUGAAGCCGAUGCCAAGGCCCAGACGGCGCCUCACAUCCUGCUCGCUUCCAAGGACGAGCCCGCCGACAAGGUUGCCCUGUACAAGGAGGUCCUGGGCGACCGGGCGGAGGUGACGACCUACGAGACCAUGCACCACGGCUGGAUGGGCGCCAGGGCGGACCUGAAGAACGAGGACAACGUCAAGGAGUUUGGGCGCGGCUACAAGCAGGCUGCCGACUUCUUUGCCAAGCACCUUUGA